AUGCUGCAACAAAGCAAACACUGGCAGCAGCAGCAGCAGCAGCAGCAGGGGCAGCAGGGGGUGAUCAAGCUAGCGCGAGAGCAGCAGGAGCAAGAUUUGGCGGAGCUCCCCGAGAGGGCCGCUGUCGCUGCAGCAGAGGCGUCCCCAGCUGCUGCAGAGGCGGAGGCUGCAGACGACAGUGGAGAGAUUACAGCUGAAGCAGCAGCAAAAGAGAGACACGAGAGACGCCUGGGCAUCCCCAAGGCCAUGAGAAUGCCAGCAGCACAGGAGACAGCAGGCGGAGACGCCGCAGGGGCGACAACUGCAGCAGCAGAAGCAGCAGCAGCUGCUGCUGAGGAUGCUAAAGGAGGCGAGGCAGGAGCGGAGACAAACGGAGACACCACCUCAGCUCCCGCCUGGCGCAGCUCGCAGCCAGGUGCUGCUGCUGUUGCUGCUGAUGCUGCUGCUGCUGCAUACGGGAAAUCCCCUAGGAGAAGCCGAAGGGGAUCCAUGAGCUCUUCUGCGUCUCCUGUAGCUGUGGGUCCCCCACUGCCUGGCCAUAGAGAGCGGGAGGACCGAGGAGCAGCAGCAGCAGCAGCAGCAGCAGCAGCAGAAGACAGAGGGGAGGAGGGGUCUCAGUGCAGCAUCGAGAGAGAGACAGAGAGAGAGAUAGAUACAGAGAGGGAGAGAGGAGGAGGGGAUACAGUCCCUAUAGGGAGAGGGACAGAGACGAUGUAUACUACAGGGAUGGAGACAGAGACAGAGACAGAGACAGAGAAAUGUAUCGAUACAGAGACAGGGAUAUGUACACCGCGAGAGGAAGAAGCAGAGAAAAUUAUAAUUACAGGGACUACAGAGAGAGGGAUAAUAGAGACUUUAGAUACCGCCGAUACUAUGGAGAUAGAGAUGAAGGCAGAGACAGAGCAGGGGGCGGAUACGAACACUAUGGGGGCCCCAGACGAUGGCGGCAGGGUUAAGUAA